AUGAAUGGAAAUGGUUAUUUACAUCAUCCAUCAUCUAUUGGUAUUCUUGCUUGUGAACUUUAUAUUCCAUCACUCUAUGUCGAUCAAUCAUCCUUAGAAAUAUAUGAUAACGUUUCUAAAGGAAAAUAUACAAUUGGUUUAGGACAACAACGGAUGUCACUUUGUUCUGAUCAUGAAGAUAUAUGUUCAUUAUGUUUAACUGUUUUAUCACGUUUACUUGAUCAAACUGGUUUACAUCCAAAACAAAUAGGUCGUUUAGAUGUUGGAACAGAAACAUUAGUUGAUAAAGCAAAAUCAAUUAAAAGUGUUCUUAUGCAAUUAUUUGUUGAUUAUGAUAAUACAGAUGUUGAAGGUGUUGAUAAUAUUAAUGCAUGUUAUGGUGGAACAGCUGCAUUAUUUAAUGCUAUUCAUUGGAUUGAAUCAAGUUUUUGGGAUGGACGAUAUGCAGUUGUUGUUAUGGGUGAUAUAGCUGUUUAUGCAAAAGGAAAUGCUCGUCCAACUGGUGGUGCUGGUGCUUGUGCACUUCUUAUUGGGCCGAACGCUCCAAUUGUUUUUGAACCUGGUUGUCGUUCAUCACAUAUGACACAUGUAUAUGAUUUUUAUAAACCUGAUCUAAGUUCUCCAUAUCCCGUUGUUGAUGGUCAUUUAAGUGUUCAAUGUUAUACGUCAGCACUUGAUACAUGUUAUACACACUAUUGUAAAAAAGCACUAAUGAAUAUAGAGUCUCAAUCAAAUCCAUUAUCAAUACAUGAAAUAAAUUUAUCAACAUUUGCUGCAAUUCUUUUUCAUACACCUUAUGUUAAACUCACACAAAAAUCUUUAGCAAGAUUAUAUUUAAAUGAUAUUAUUCGUGCUUGUUCAUAUAUACCAAAUGUUUUAAUAGAGAAAUAUAAAAAUCUCGAUAUUCGUUCAUCAUUAAAUAAUAAAGAUCUUGAACGUGAUCUUAUUGAACAUAGUCGUGAAUUAUAUGAACAAAAAACAUUACCUGGACUUUAUUUUUCACAAAAUAUGGGAAAUAUGUAUACACCAUCAGUUUAUUAUAGUUUAUUUUCAUUUCUUAGCAGCCAAUCAAAUGAAGAACAAUUAUAUGAUCGACGUAUUCUAUUAUUUUCAUAUGGUUCAGGAUUAGCAUCAUCUAUGUAUAGUGUUGUUUGUCGUAAAGUUCAUGAAUCUCGUUUUACACUUGCACAAAUACAAAAAAGUAUUAAACGAGCACGUCAUAUACUUGAUUAUGAACGAAUAGAAUUAACACCAGAUUUAAUGGAUAAAUUAUUAUUAGAACGAGAGAAAAAUGAACAUAAAGUACCUUUUAUACCAUUACAACCCAUGGAAACAUUAAAAUCGGAUGAUAUAUAUUUAAAAUCUAUUGAUAAAAAUCAUCGACGUUAUUAUGAAAAAUUUCUUAGAAAUGAUAAUUCUAUUGAAAAAAAUAAAGAAGAUAUGAAUAGAUCUAUCCAACAACUUUAUACUGAAUAUUUUCAAAACCAUAAAAUGAAUGGUUAUACAAAUUAA